UAUAAUUAGCAGCAGCAGGGCCAUAUUCCUUGUGUGCUCCUCCGUAGAAUCAUCCUCCUCGUCGUCAAUAGUCGGCCUUUUACUGUCUAUCCGAGCCAGGUAUCAGGUGAUCUUGCGACGCCAUGACCGGCUCCUCCGCCGCCUCUCGCAAGGCGUUAAGCAAAAUAGCGACCAACCGGUUGCAGAAGGAGCUGGUGGAGUGGCAGGUCAAUCCUCCUGCUGGUUUUAAGCACAAGCCCACCGAUAAUCUUCAGAGGUGGGUCAUUGAAGUGCAUGGAGCUCCUGGAACUUUAUAUGCUAAUGAAACAUUUCAGCUACAAGUAGAUUUUCCAGAACAUUAUCCUAUGGAAGCGCCCCAGGUGAUAUUUUUGAGCCCGGCUCCUUUGCACCCUCAUAUCUAUAGCAAUGGCCACAUUUGUUUAGAUAUUCUGUAUGACUCAUGGUCCCCUGCCAUGACUGUUAGCUCUGUCUGUAUCAGCAUUCUAUCAAUGCUGUCAAGUUCAACUGUAAAGCAACCACCAGAAGACAAUGAUCGUUAUGUAAGAAACUGUAAAAAUGGCAGAUCUCCAAAGGAAACAAGAUGGUGGUUUCAUGAUGACAAAGUGUAAAAAUAAUAAUUUCUUCACUGUCAUUAACUGUUUUAAGGAGGCAAAUCAGCUCUUAUUCCAUCGGUAGAUGAAUUCAGCUUAAAAGUAAAGCUAAAUAUUGGCAACCAGGAGUAGUGCCGAAGAACAAUUCAAUGUGAAUUGACUAUUUUCCUGGUAUUUGUAAAUGAAGAGCGGACUCCUAUUUUGUGCUCGCUGCUAGAAGUACAACGUGCAGUGUCAUGAACUCCAAUCUGUGCUGUGUUUUUGGUGAUUGCAUCAUCUAAUCCAAAUUAAUUUUCUGAAGAUAUUUAA